CUUCUCUGCUUUCCCUUGAACUUUCACUACUGUCUCCCCUCUAGCCACUUGUUGCAUGUCUACGUCCAAACCUAUCGAGCGAAUUUCGGUCUUCCCAUUCCCACUAUGUCCGCUGACUGGAGCUAUUUCUGGGGUAAUUCAGGCAAUCGUUCAUCCACCGAUGAUCCAAGGCACCCAAAUCCUGCCAGCGAAGAUGAUGAGAUUGAACCUGACCAGGGCAAUGUCCUGAGCCACAUCAUUUCCCAACUCCGGCCUGGAGCAGACCUCAGUCGGGUUGUAUUGCCCACGUUUAUUCUCGAGCCCCGGUCUAUGCUGGAGCGAAUCACGAACUUCAUGGCACACCCCGAAACCCUACUACCCAUGCCCACGAACGAUGACCCUCUCGAGCGCUUUGUAUCCGUUGUCAAGUUCUACCUGAGUGGGUGGCAUAUCAAGCCUCCGGGAGUCAAGAAGCCGUUGAACCCCGUGCUCGGCGAAACGUACACCUGCUCCUGGGAAUAUCCGGAUGGUACUCGCGGAUACUAUAUUUCAGAGCAGACCUCCCAUCAUCCGCCGAAGUCAAGCUAUUUCUUUAUGGCACCUGAGCAUCAUAUCCGAAUUGAUGGCACACUCAAACCGCGAAGCAAGUUCCUUGGUAAUUCCGCUGCGAGUAUGAUGGAGGGUAUAGCUAUCCUACGAUUCCUGAACCGUGGAAACGACAAGGAACGGGGAGAACGAUACAUUUUGACGCAACCAAACAUGUACGCCAGGGGUAUCCUCUUCGGAAAGAUGAAGUAUGAGCUUGGAGAUCAUAGCUUCGUGAGAUGUCCCGAGAACGAUCUUGUCGCGGAUAUCGAAUUCAAAACCAAGGGGUACUUUUCUGGAACCUACAACGCAAUUGGCGGAACAAUCAAGAAUGAAAAAACCGGAGAAGUAUACUACGAGAUUUCUGGUCUUUGGAAUGGCGAGAUGUAUAUUAAGAGCGUUCACUCCCACGACAAAGAACUUCUCUUCAGUGCUAAGAAAUCCAAGCCAACAUUCCCGACAACCCGCCCGAUUGAACAACAAGGCGAGCGCGAGUCCCAGCGGUUGUGGCAGAGCACAGUGAAGGCUAUUAUUGCCUCAAACCAUGAAAUGGCCACGGACGAGAAGACUAAGAUCGAAGACCGCCAACGCGAAGAAGCGGCAAAGCGAGCGGAACAGGGUGUUGAAUGGCACCCGCGCCUCUUCCGGGCCGUUCGUGGCGGGCCUGGUGGUUCAGAGGAGGGUGAAGAGGCUCUUGAUUGGGUUAUCAAUGCUCAUGUUGACGCUCACGACCCUGAGAAAGCCAAGCGACAGAUUUUGGCGAUCGCACCUAUUCUCGAUGGACAGACGUGGGACAACUUUGAAAUCCCAGAAUACAAGGGCAAUGCGGUAAACGGCGCAGACAAGUCAGAGCACCAGUCGGAGAACACCAAACCGGAAACUAAACAAGAGGUUAUCCAGGAAAUAAAGCCAACAGGCAAUCCGGAGAACAAGACAGAGAUCAACUACGAGGCUAGCCCGGGAGUUAAGCCAGGAAACGCGGUAGAAACCAAGCCAGAGCUCGUGGAGCGGAUGGAUUCAAAAACGAUUGAGGUUGAUCAGUACAUGGACGCGCUGGAGGGCUCGAAGCCUUGA